ACCUUCCAUUUUGAUUUAUGUAUUAAACAUCCUUUAAAAAAUAAUAAUAUACUAAAACAAGAAAAAUAACCACAUCCACUAGCACACAGUGGUCUCUGUCAUGCACAAGGGCCAUGGGUCACAAGUCUUGCCAGUUGAUAAUUUCCGCAGCUCUAUUUUCCCUACCGUUGCUGCUGCUGUCACCGGAGCCAUUGCUGCUGCUGCUGGACCAUAUGCUGCUGCCACCACUGGACCCAUCUGCUGCUACUACUGCUGUUCAGCCAAAGCCAUCUGCUCUACUGCUGCUACCGGCUGCCACCACCGGACCCAUCUGUUGCUGUUGCUGCUGAACAGCCAUCUGCUCUGCUGCUGCUGCAAGAGCCAUCUGCUGUUGCUGCCAAACCCAUCUGCUGCUGUUUCCGGAUCCAUCCGCUGCUACAGCAGCUGCUGCUACAGCCACCAAAGCCUGUUGCUGCUGCUACCGCCACCGAAGCCUACUGCUGCUGCUACUACCGCCACCGGAGCCUGUUGCUGCUGUUGCUGCUAUCGCCAUCGAAGCCUGCUGCUGCUGUUGCUACCGCCACCGGAGCCUGUUGCUGCUGCUGCUACCACCACUGGAGCCUGCUGCUGCUACCGCCAUCGGAGUCUGCUGCUGCUGCUGCUGCCGCCGCCGCCGAACAGCCUAAGCCAUUUGCUUUGCUACUGUUGCUUUGAUGUUAAUUGGUGGGGAAUGGGGAUCCCCGCGAGGAUCCCCGUUUCUCGCGGGGAACAGGUACGGGGACUAUGGAUGGUCUUGUUACUGGUGGAAUCUUGUUCGGGUACAGAUGCUAAACAUACCGAAGGAAGAAAGCUAGCUGCAGAAAGACCGGGAUACAAUGUUAGCAUAAUUGAGUGGACUAAUCCUUUGAUUGGAAGAGUGGAUAUCCGGAGCAUCACUGAUCCAAAGUUACAAGGUGAAUUCAACAUCAAUGCAGCCUGGAAAGCAGUAGUGGAGAUAGCAAUGUCAUGUGUGUUGCCAAUUGGAAUCCAGAGGCUGGACAUGAGUCGUGCACUAUCAGAACUCAAGGAGUGUUUGGAUUUAGAAAUGGGUUCCAGAGAAACUCAAAGAACAACACAGAACCAGAAAUUCACUUGAAAUCAGUGUUACGCUUCCUAAAUAGUUCAAUAGACAAUGCUUCGCGAAAUUGUAAAUGUAAUUCCCCCUUGUUCUCUAAGCCUACGGAGUUUGUAUAAAAAUUAGUAAAAGAA